UGUUCGUGUGUGAUUUUGACAUUUACUGUGCGUUUUGUUUAUUUACAACAUAAUUUCAACGCAAAAUAUCAAAAGUAACAACAAUAAAACAUAAUAACAACAAACAAAAAUGUCGCAACGUCCGGACGAUCAUCGUCGAAAAUGGAAUCGAGAGGAUUACGAGAGAUUGGCGUUAUUGCGUUUACAGGAGGAAAUUGCCGAGGACGAUCUUGGAAUUCCAAAACAACCGGCAGUUAAACGUGAACUUUUAAAGCAACGCGAUUAUAAAGUUGAUCUCGAAUCAAAAUUAGGAAAAAGUGUCGUUAUCAAUAAAUCCACACCAUCAUCACAAACUGGCGGUUAUUAUUGCAAUGUUUGCGAUUGUGUCGUCAAAGAUUCCAUUAAUUUCCUCGAUCACAUUAAUGGCACAAAACAUCAGAGAAAUUUGGGAAUGUCCAUGAAAAUAGAAAGAUCAACACUCGAUCAAGUUAAAGCGAGAUUUGCCGCAAACAAAAGAAAACUCGAGGAGAGAAGAAAGGAUUAUGAUCUCGAGCAGAGAGUUAAAGAACUUAAAGAGGAGGAGGAGAAAGUAAAGGAAUACAGAAAGGAAAAGAGGAAAGACAAAAAACGAAGAAUGGAGGAGGAGGACAAUGAUGACGCUGGACCAUCCGACGAAAUGGCGGCAAUUAUGGGAUUCAGUGGUUUCGGUUCAAAAAAAAAGUAAUUUAGAAAAGUAAAUACAUUUAUUUGUUUU